AUGAAAGCCAUAUCUAAAAGUUUUCUGGGUCUUUAUCAGACAACAAAAACCAAAGCAAUAUUACCAAAGUCAUCAGCUGCUAAUUACUGUUACUAUCACUCGAUCAGAAAUACCAUGUCUGAUAAUUCUUUGUUGUCGGGGUUUAAUCGCCCAAGAUCAAUUGUUAAAAGGGUUUUGGCUAAUCCCCAGAGUGAGGGUGAUGGUGCUCUUGUCAGGAGAAGCAUUGGAAGGCCUGAAUUGAAGAACCUUGACCCAUUCCUCAUGUUGGAUGAAUUCGAAGUGUCCCAACCUGCUGGAUUUCCUGACCAUCCCCAUAGAGGUUUUGAGACUGUAACAUAUAUGUUGGAGGGAGCUUUUACUCAUCAAGAUUUUGGUGGGCACAAGGGUACAAUUGGAGCUGGUGAUGUGCAGUGGAUGACAGCAGGAAGAGGUAUAAUGCACUCAGAAAUGCCUGCAAAAGAAGGUGCAAAUAAGGGCUUGCAACUCUGGAUAAAUCUCUCAUCCAAGAACAAAAUGAUUGAGCCAAGGUAUCAAGAAUUGCUGGACAAGGACAUUCCUAGGGCAGAAAGGGAUGGGACACAAGUGAAAGUUAUAGCAGGAGAAGCAAUGGGUGUUCAAUCUCCGGUCUAUACAAGGACUCCCUCGAUGUUCCUUGAUUUCACACUAAAACCGAUGGCUCAACACCAUCAACCCAUCCCAGAAUCUUGGAACGCUUUUGUGUACAUUAUUGAAGGAGAAGGGGUUUUUGGCGGCCUGAAUUCGCCACCGGUUUUGGCUCACCACUGCUUGGUUUUGGGUGGUGGGGAGGGUUUAAGUGUGUGGAACCAGUCCUCGAAGCCACUGAGAUUUGUUCUGAUAGGCGGGCAGCCAUUGAAUGAACCAGUUGUGCAAUAUGGUCCUUUUGUGAUGAACACACAAGCAGAAAUUCAACAGGCUUUUGAGGAUUACAGGCAUUGCAAGAAUGGGUUUGAGAAGGCAAGGCAAUGGAGAUCUUAAUCUGGGAUUCUGGGCUUUAUAUUCAAAUGGUUAUUUUUCUUUUCUGAUAUUCUGGUUUGUUAUAUGUAUUUUGUGUAGAUUGAUAUGAUAGGUCAUUGUUUUCAACCUGUAUUCUUUAUUGGCUAAAAGAUUGAAAUAAGAUUGAGUGAGUGAUUUAAUUGUGUUCA